UACUGUGAAAAAUGCUUUUUUCGAAUUUUCUUCUUCAGUUACAGCUAGAGGAUCUGUGCCAUGGCCACCACCCUGCCUACGUAUAAAAGCCUCGUUCCUUCCUGAAACUUCUCUCGCUUCUCUUAAGUAACGCACGCAAACACGCUUUUUCUCGAAAUCCUCGUUGCGGCCAGCGAGUUACAGAGAGAAACUAGAGCGAGAACAUCGCACCGUCGUCUCCGUGAGGUUCCUCCAAAUGUUGGACACCUACGUGUUUGGAUGGAUCAUAUGCGCCGCGCUGAGCGCAUUUGCGAUUCGCAAUCUUGUUUUCGCGGGGAAGAAAUGUUGCGCUUCGUUGGAGACCGAUGCCGCUAUGUGUGCCGAAAAUAUCACCACUGCCGCCGGAGAAUGCAGACAGUCGAAGCGCGACGGCGAAGUUGAUGUCGUAAUUGUCGGAGCUGGUGUCGCCGGCUCCGCUCUGGCUUACACUCUCGGCAAGGAUGGACGUCAAGUACUUGUAAUUGAAAGAGAUUUGAGUGAACCAGACAGAAUUGUUGGAGAGUUGCUACAGCCUGGUGGUUAUCUCAAGUUAAUUGAGCUGGGACUUGAAGAUUGUGUGGAUAAAAUUGAUGCUCAACAAGUGUUUGGUUAUGCUCUUUUCAAGGAUGGAAAACACAUAAGACUCUCUUAUCCGUUGGAAAAGUUUCACUCAGAUGUUGCCGGCAGAAGCUUUCACAAUGGGCGUUUUAUUCAGAGGAUGAGAGAGAAGGCUGCCUCCCUUCCCAAUGUAAGACUGGAGCAAGGAACAGUUACUUCCCUACUCGAAGAGAAGGGGGUAAUUAAAGGCGUGCAGUACAAAACCAAGGAUAGUCAAGAAUUAUCAGUUUGCGCACCCUUUACCAUUGUUUGUGAUGGCUGUUUUUCAAAUUUGCGUCGUUCUCUUUGUAAUCCUAAGGUAGAUGUGCCUUCUUGUUUCGUAGGCCUAGUUUUGGAGAAUUGUGAACUUCCUUGUGCAAAUCAUGGCCAUGUCAUACUGGGAGAACCUUCGCCUGUUCUGUUCUAUCCAAUAAGUAGUACAGAAAUCCGCUGCCUAGUUGAUGUUCCUGGCCAGAAAGUUCCGUCUAUUUCCAAUGGUGAAAUGGCUAAGUAUUUGAAGACGGUGAUCGCUCCCCAGGUUCCUCAUGAGCUUCAUGACGCAUUCAUAGCUGCAGUGGACAAAGGCCGCAUCAGGACAAUGCCAAACAGAAGCAUGCCAGCUGCUCCUCAUCCUACUCCCGGAGCCCUGCUGAUGGGAGAUGCAUUCAACAUGCGCCAUCCUCUAACGGGGGGUGGCAUGACUGUGGCAUUAUCUGAUAUAGUAGUGCUUCGAAAUCUUCUCAGGCCUUUGCGUAAUCUGAAUGAUGCACCCAGCCUUUGCAAAUACCUUGAAUCCUUUUAUACCUUGCGAAAACCUGUGGCGUCCACUAUAAAUACCCUGGCAGGAGCUCUUUAUAAGGUUUUUUGCGCAUCACCUGAUCCAGCGAGGAAGGAAAUGCGCCAAGCUUGCUUCGAUUAUCUUAGUCUUGGAGGCCAAUUCUCGGAAGGACCAAUCUCUCUGCUUUCGGGGUUAAAUCCUCGGCCCUUGACCCUGGUUCUCCAUUUCUUUGCUGUUGCAAUAUAUGGUGUCGGCCGUUUACUACUACCAUUUCCUUCACCUAAACGGAUAUGGAUCGGACUUCGAUUAAUUUCUAGUGCAUCAGGUAUCAUCAUGCCAAUAAUCAAGGCAGAAGGAGUCCGUCAGAUGUUCUUCCCUACAACCGUUCCAGCUUAUUACCGAAAUCCCCCAGCUGCUUAAACGCGAAUUCAGCCACGUCUUCGCGAACCAAUCAAUAUGAGCUACCGAUAUUUUUAUUCUUUCGGGACAUUUGAAAGCAAUCCAGAUUCAACGUGAGUUCUCUAUAGAAUCAAUUUAGGAUUAAUAAGUGAUCUUUAUAAUAUUUGUUAAUAGUUACUGCUUAUAUUUUAAAGCGUCUCAUGGAUCCUGAGGAAAUAUAAUUUAAAACUUCACACAUAA